AUGACACAGGAGGUGAAGGAGGGCAAGCAUUCUUUCUCCCCGUCUGUGCAGACAAACCUUCCCAUUUUCAAACUGAAGGAUUCCUGUGUGAGAAGAAGAUACAGUGACUUUGAGUGGUUAAAGAAUGAGCUGGAAAGAGACAGUAAGAUUGUAGUACCAACUCUACCGACCAAAGCCCUGAAGAGACAGUUGCCCUUCCGGCAAGAUGAGGGCCUUUUUGAGGAGGGCUUCAUUGAGGAGCGACGGUUGGGCCUGGAGCAGUUCAUCAACAAAAUUGCAGGUCACCCAUUGGCCCAGAACGAGCGCUGUCUUCACAUGUUCCUGCAAGAGGAAAGCAUUGACCGUAACUACAUUCCUGGAAAAGUAUGAAUGAAACUGCUGCACCUGCCCCAUGUACUUUAAUUUCUACGUCACAUCCUUUAAAAAAAGCCAGUGGAAAUGCCCGAACUAUGAUAAGUAUCGACAUCGUAACACAAAUACUGCUCCUGGGACAAAAACGUAGACAUCCAGUCGAUACGAUGUGUGAUGUUGUGUCUUUAUUCAGUCAUUCCACAAACUGUGUUUCCUUACUUUGAUUCAAUCAUCAGUGAAAAAAGAAAACAUGUAUACUUUGGUCAUAGCUUGAUAUUUUUUUUUUUACAAUGAUUGUUAUUUUUUUCUGGAUGUCUUUUUUCAGUUGAUUUGACCACAUAUAAAAUGAGGGUGUAUUCCUGCUUUGAUAAGGCUUUUUUUUUUUCUCGCUAGCAGAGAUGGGAUUUUGAAGAGAACCUCCCAAAGUUGAGCAACAUGUAGCACCAUAGGACAGACGGUGACAUGUAUUAUUCCACUCAGUAUAUUUUCCCCUGAGUUUUAUGUCCUGGAAAUGCUCUUAAUUGUUUUAACUGUGCUGUCUUAGUUCCAUCUCCAUGCAUACACUCUGGCUGUGUGUUGUUAAGUCAGCUAUUGGGAAUGUUAAGUUAGGUAAAUAACCAUAUCUAAGCACUGUGACAAGAGGUUCAUUAUAUGAACAAUAUUUCAUUGUUUAAAGGCGUAAUCAGCAUCUGGUUUAUUGAUCUGAAAUGAGUCUUAUUCUGCGCUUAUUUUCAGCUGUUUUAAUUCUUUCUAUCAUUAUUUUGUGUGAUGUGUAUUAAUACGUUAUCAUUGCCGUUCCAUUAUGGGUGACGAGGAUCUUCCUUGUUAAUUCUGUCAACAAUUAAAUUUCCUGCUGCCUGCUG